AUGAAGAACGGCCGCAAAGCUGUGGGUAAAUUGGAACAACGCGUCCGGGAAUUGGAAACCGAAUUGGAAGCUGAACAACGCCGCCAUGGUGAGACGCAGAAGAACCUGCGCAAGGUGGACCGACGCAUGAAGGAAAUCGCCAUGCAGGGCGAAGAGGAUAAGAAGAACCAUGAUCGUAUGCAAGAAUUGGUGGAGAAGUUGCAGGGCAAGAUCAAGACCUACAAACGACAGGUUGAAGAGGCUGAGGAAAUUGCUGCUAUCAAUUUGGCCAAAUACCGUAAGAUCCAACACGAAAUUGAGGAUGCAGAAGCUCGUGCUGAUGAGGCUGAACAAGCUUUGCAGAAACUCCGUGCCAAGAAUCGAUCGUCCGUGUCCGCCAGUCGAGGUGUUAGCGCUGCUCCAGCCGGUGGUCCAGCUAGCCGUUCUCGCAAACCAGCCUCCAGCAUGGCACCAGAAGAAGAAUAA